ACGUGGCUUUGAAGAAGAGCUGGUUCCAGCAGUUUUGUGUGGUGUGCUGUGAGUCCUGCUGCAGUGAGCUGAGCCGAGAGCAUGGACAAGCUGGGAAACCAUGAUUUGAAUGCGGUGACCUAUGAUGAUGUGCAUGUUGGUUUCACUUGGGAAGAGUGGACUUUGCUGGAUCCUUCCCAGAAGAAUCUCUACAAAGAUGUAAUGCUGGAGACCUACAGGAACCUCACUAUUAUAGGGUACAAUUGGAAAGACCAUAAUAUUGAAAAACCUCGUCAAAGCUCUAGAAGACAUGAAAGGUAUGAAAAAAGCCAAACUGAAGAGAAACUUUCUGUAUAUACUCAAUAUGGUAAAGACUCUGCAUAUGAUAGUCAGCGUCAAAGGCAUAAAAGAUCACAUACUGGAAAGAAACCCUAUGAAGGUAAUCAGUGUGGUAAAGCCUAUUCUCAUCACAAUAUACUUCAAAUCUAUAAAAGAACACAUACUGGAGAGACACCCUAUGAAUGUAAUCAGUGUUGUAAAGCCUUUGCUUAUCAUGGUGCUCUUCGAUUACAUAAAAGAACACAUACUGAAGAGAAAAAAAAAAGACUGAAGGAAAGUAUUUGA